UAAUAUUUUACUAAGAUUGCAACGAUCACCACAGAUAUCGGAGCAUAUAGUCGAAAAAAGGAAGAAAAAAAGAAGAUAGAUAUAUCAGACAGUUUAUUUGUUCGGAAAAUGUCAACUAAUUCGUGUGUCCUGAAGCAUGAUUCCCAAGCAACUUUUGGCUCCGUUGACUUGGAGUAUGACGCCAACUACAGCGUCGCCGAUGGUAAAUUCUGGUGGGAAGACAUAGAGGAGAACACUUUAAUAGAACACCACGACGACGACGUGCUGCGACGAAACCUGUCACGCAGCACCGACAACGACGACGACAACAACAACAACAACCAGAGUGAUGAAGAUGGUAUCAUAACAUUGGACAUCCACGUGUCAAGUUGGAGCUACAAAGCGGAGGUAAUUCCUGAAAGAAAGAACUCAAGGAUAUAUGUCCUCGACACGGAUGUCUAUACAGUGUGCGGGAUGGAGAUCAUUUGGGAGGAGGAACAGGAAGAGGAAGAAAUCGAAAGAUGAUGAUAAUGAUAAUGAUGAUGAUGAUAAUGAUGAUGAUGAUGAUGAUUUCCAGAAUAUUAUGGAUAUCUCAAGCCAAGCUAAUGCGUCUAUUAGUACUGGAUCUCUCACUCGAGCCGGAUAUAUAUGCAUACGUUUAUUACACAAGUAUUAAAAGUGUACAGCAGACGACAGGCCAAGGGACGAUGACGUAGUAGAGAGGCUAGUAGACCCGAACAAUGACUGCAGUUAACAGUGCCUAGUCCAAAACAAGAACAAAAGACACCUCUUAAUAUAAUACCCAAAAAUGGUACUUUUCGGCAGUUAGAUACCAGAACGUGUGGGGAAUGUGACAUGAAAUGACAAAAUACAUUAGAUGUGAAACUGGAAAUCCAUGGCAUUGAUGACCGCAUGAUAAAAUGCUGAAGAAAUAUAAAUUUCCAGACGUUUUGUAAUAAAAAAUUCACAAUGAUA